UCACUUUCAGGAUCCCCCCCCCCCUCUUUUGAAGUGAGUGCUGUCAUUCAUUGUCACGCACUCUUCUUCUCUCCUUUCUUCUGUUCCCCUCUUUCACCCCAUUCCUUGACCUUCCGACCUACCUCUUCUCUUCUUUCUUCUUCCCCCCCCCCCUCUUUCCACCCCUCCCAUCGUUUCCUCCUCUUUCGUUGAUGUUCUCCACGUUUUCCUACCGGUUUCCAUCCACACUGCACAGCACAAGUCCGUGUUUCUUGUUCCUCUUUGUCUCCCCUCUUCCCGUUACUGUGACUUUUCUUUCCUCUCGUAUCUUUUCUGUGGUCUCCCGUUCGUCCGACGCCCCGACGUCGUUUUCCUCGCUCGCCACCGCCAUCGCCAUGCCCCCUGCCGCGAUCACGACCACGACCACGACCACCACGACCACGCACUCAUCCACCGCCCUCACCUGCCACCACGACGCGUCUACUCACUGCCCUCACCACUGCCACCACCCACCGCCACCGCCACCGCCACCGCCCCCAUCACCGCCUGAAGAUGUAAUGACGGCAUGUCUGGGCCACGCCCACUUGUUGUCACAAUCGCCCACCCGCUGGGCUUUUGAUGAUUGCUUCCGCUUUCGCUCCCCAAAGGAACGUGUGUCUCCACUGGUGAGCUGACUCUCCUUGGUGGCGCCGCGUCCAUUGCAAACUCCUUUUGCAACCCAUCACUGCAUGUGCACACACGCUGCCGUGCCGUGGUGACCCUUUACUGGUUUUGGAGGCGGGCCAUCACACGCCGCUUCGAACCCGACAACUCAGACGUGUGAACGUAUGCGCGAGUGUGUUGAAGUGUGUGGGUGUGUGGGUGUGUGGGCGAGUGUGCGUGUGAGAGUGUGUGCGUGUGAGAGUGUGUGAUUGUGUGUGAUUGUGUGAUUGUGUGUGAGUGUGGCACUUGAUUUGUGGGUGCGCGCAUGGCUGAGCUUUUACGUUGACGCCGUUUGAUUUUUUUUCUGUUGUUGUUGUUCUGCCUCACAUCUGCACCCUGAGAAGCACGCAGGCCUUUGUGCGUUGUGGAGUGUUGCCUGCGACAUCCUCUGUUCACUUACAGGAGAGCAAGGUGGACGAUGGCUGUGGAUUCAUGAUUAUGGUUGACUGUCGUUGACCAUGGUUCUCCACAACCCGGCCACGUUGCUGUCGUGUGGUGGCGGAUGUCUCUUGUCUGCACUCGGCGAUUGCUUUAGUUUGUGCUCUUCCCCGUGUGCGUGUGUGCGGCAGCUGUGUGUUGGUCUCCGUUUGUUGUUUUCGUUACAAGGGUGUUUGCAUUGCGGUACACAUGUGCGUUGCGUUGCCUUGUGGCGCGACGUGUGACGUGUGACGUGCACAUGAGCGCCCCGCGUGACAUUGUUGCUGCUUUCUGUUGACCAAUACACAGUGGACGAAUGGGCA